CUAUUAUAUUAAAAUCAAUCAAUGUAGACACUAGACACAAGAGACGACGUCGUAUUAUUGGUUCUGGAAUUCUUGUGCCCAUAUUAAAUACCAGAUUUCAAAAUUUAUUGCAGUGACAGCUUGAAACUCGCUGAGAGAGAUCGUCCUUUUGGUUCCUUCCUGCUACUGCUGGCUGCUGCUGCUGCUGCUGCAAUGCAUCCCCACGAAAAUUGAAUAUCUCGCUCGCUUUCGGCUCACCCUAGAUAAACACUGCUCGAGCUCGAACUCCCUUUCCCUUCAUUUAUUGCUCUGCUCUGCUCCUCCUGAGCUCUUCUUCUUCUUCUUCUUCUCUCUCUUGUCUUUUGCUGUUACAUGUUUGAUUUUUCACUUGGCAGCAAGCGGCUGUGUCUUUCUUUCCUCUGUUUUUUUUUUUUUUGAGUUUCUCACUCGCUCGCUCUCUGGAAAGUGCGAAGAUCGCAGAAGAAUGGGGAGGACGCCUUGCUGCGAUAAGAAAGGGUUGAAGCGAGGUCCAUGGACGGCUGAAGAGGACGAGAUUCUCGUUUCGUACAUCCAGAAGAACGGCCAUGGCAGCUGGCGUUCUGUCCCUAAGCUUUCUGUUCUUCUUCUUCUUCUUCCUUGGAGCUUACGGUUGAGGGGAUUGAUUAAUGUCUCCGCAGGCCUCCUUCGGUGCGGAAAGAGUUGCCGGCUUCGAUGGACCAACUAUCUUCGCCCGGAUAUCAAAAGAGGUCCCUUCUCCCCUGAGGAAGAGAAGCUCGUCAUUCAGCUCCAUGGCAUUCUCGGGAACAGGUGGGCUGCAAUUGCAUCUCAGCUUCCGGGAAGAACAGACAACGAGAUCAAGAAUCUAUGGAACACCCACUUGAAGAAACGGCUGCUCUGUAUGGGGCUCGACCCACAAACUCACAAGCCACUCAGCAGCCCCUGCGGCGGCUCCCUGAAGAAGGCACCAGCCUCCCCUGCAACUCGCCACAUGACUCAGUGGGAGAGCGCCAGGCUCGAAGCCGAGGCCCGCCUCGGUCGGGAAUCCUCGCUCUUCAAUAACCCAACACCAUCUUCAGGGAAAGCAGAAGCUGAUUACUUCCUUCGCAUAUGGAACUCUGAAGUGGGCGAGUCCUUCCGCAGCUUCAACAACAAUGGCGGAGAAACUGACAAACCCUGUACUACUGCUACGACGACUACGAGCACUGCUGUUUGCCCGAGCCCGGCUUCUCAGGCAUCUUCAUCCACCAAAUAUGGGGCUAACAACAGCUUGGCGGGGAUGUCUUCAGCGACCACAAGCUGUCAAAAUGAUGAGAUGGAAUGUAAGAGUAGGAAAUCUUCGGCUGAAUCUUCGAGCUCUAGUGAUAUGGAGGAUUCGUCGGACACUGCGCUGCAACUGCUGCUGGAUUUUCCUAUCAACAACGACAUGAGUUUCUUGGAAGGGGACUUGAAUGAUAACUAUGCUAACUCUUACGGAAGCUCCCUCAUUUGCCAUCUCUGAAGAGAUUUAAAGCUCUGUGUUUUUGGCUGUCAUUCUAGUUAUUGUUCUCUGUAGGCGCAAACCAUUUGUAAAGCUAGUAGGGUGGUAGAAAGAGAGGACCAAAAUCUUGUGUUUGCUUAUUUCCUUGUGGUUGGCUUUAUCACAGACAGUGCUCCUUUUAUGGGUGCGGCUGGCUGGGUACAGCAACUGAAGUUAAAAGGUGCUUAAUUCAUGUUGUUAACGCCUAAUUUAUGUGUUUUGCUCUUCAUUCACACAAUUUAUGUUUAUUCACUUCAUUUGUGGCAUAUUCAUGCAAUGGUAAAAGUUAUUCAGCA